CCAUGUUGAUCUGUCGGUAUUCCUUGUCAUUGUCACGAUGGCGAGGAGAUGGAUCGGCGUCGGUGCGGCGUUCGCGUUUGCGAUGGCCGUGGCACCGACGAUCGUGAUGGGGGCGACGGUGGAAGACACAAAGCUACAAGUGAAGCGCCCGUUCAUUGGUAAGAUAGGUGAACUUGUCAACAUCACACUGUCGAUCCCAGUGGGCAAGCGCGUCCAUCACCGCAUCGUGGCGACCAAGUCGCAGACACAGUUCAUGGGGCUGCGCUUCUCAACAUUUGACCUGGCCCCUGGCGACUCGCUUCAAGUGUUCUCGGAUAGCAACAGCUUCACGUACUCGGGCCAUGGUCCAUCGAGUCACUUCUCGGACAACGUCCAUGGCAAUGCGUUGGAAUUCUUGUACACACCAGGCCACUCCCAUGCAUCGACAUCGCACGAAGGCAUUACGAUCACGGCGGUGCUCGAAGGGUUUCCAUCUUCGACAGGCCGAGAAGACGUGUGCGGAGUCCAGCCGCAGUGGUGGCCGAAUGUGUGCAACGCCACAAAGCUCCCCGACGCGUACAAAAACUCCAAGUCCAUUGCACGGCUCACGAUGGACGGAAUCAAGUACGGCACAGGGUUUUUGGUCGGGUGCGAUGGAUAUUUCCUCACCAACAACCACAACGUCAACACGAAAGCAAGUGCGUCGACGCUCAAGUUUGAAUUCGGCGCCGAGAGCGCCACUUGUCGCGACCCGUGCAACUCGGUGGCGUUAGGGUGUCCUGGCAGUGUCGUGGUCACGGGGGCCAAUUUGCUUGCCACUGACGAAACCCUCGACUACUCGUUGCUCCAAUUGAGUCCUCGAAAUCGAGCGCGCGUUGCCCAAUUUGGCUACCUCAGUCUUCGCAAAACAGCCCCCACGUUGCACGAGCCCAUUUACGUCAUCCAUCACCCGGACGGGUUUCCCAAAGCGUUUACGGACCGCCUUGAAAACGGAACCGAGACCGUCGUGACGAGCGUGUCAGUCCACAACGAGUGCGGCAAGGACCAAGUGGGAUACAUGGCCGACACACGGGGCGGGUCGUCCGGGUCGCCAGUCUUUGGCCGGGUAGACCACAAAGUCAUUGCGCUGCACCACUGUGGGGGCUGCGAAAACGUCGCGCACGCCAUGUCCAAGAUUGUCGCCGAUCUAAAGAAGAAGCUCAAGGGAAACGUACCUCGAUGUUUCUUUCACUCCCACGAAGCCAAGAGCACGUGUUCGCUUCCAGAAGAACACGUCGAGUUUGUCGGGUACGACUGCGGAUCGGUCCUAGCCGCGAAUCCCGCGCUCUGCUGUGGGCUGUGCAGCAAGCACAAAAGAUGCAAAGCCUUCACAUGGACCAAGCUGGACAGACAUGCUGACGGCGGCACCUGCUGGUUUAAGAGCAUGGUCGGGACGCCCGUCCACACUCUCGGCGGCGUGUCCGGUGUUGUCCUGGGCGAGUAGCACAACCCCGUGAUGAUACCAACAUAUCCAUCUUAAUUUAAAUCAAGCGAAUCGCGGCCGCCGUGCAGUCGUUCGUGG